AUGGUCUUCUCUACGGGUUUUGUUUUGAUUUGUCUGCAGUAUGUUGAAGAAGAGAUUUGGGACCCUGGGUCGCUCUUCAAAGAGACCGAAAUCAGCACGCGUCCCGACAUUGACUGGGUCAGUCUCACUACACACGAAGUCACCUUCAACCACGUCCGCGUCUACAAACUCUCGGAAACUGACAGCCUCUCGGUGUUCGUUUCAUUUCUCGAACAGCUCUCCAGCGUUCCUUCCACGCGGGCCAUUGUAGUUAUCAACACCGAAGAGUCGUACGAUUUGGACGCGAGGUUUUCGACGGAUAACUAUCGCGAGACGCCCGUCCCGGUUGUGGUGGUGAAACGGAAAGCGGGAGAGAAGCUGUUGAAGAAUAUUGAGAAGUAUGGUAGAGAUCUGGAGGCCAGAUCUCCACUGACCCAGCAAAGAGCCUUCACUCUACCUCGAGCUAAAGAUCCCUACCCAGACACAAAUGGAGUAGUGGGUGUGGCAGUGGGCGUGGCAAGGGGUGUGGCAGAAGGUGACCGACCUCAGAGUCUGGAGAUUGGAAGAAGAUCUAUGUUUGAAGGUCCAGAGACCCAGAGACCUAAUGCAGUGACACCAGCCACGGGUCCAGAGCCUGAGAAAGACUCUCCAGCUGUCGUGAAGAACGGUCUAAAGGUGCGGAUCAAGUCCGAGCCGGACUCGACGACCCGGGAAUUCGACUAUGCCCCUGCUCCGUUCUGCUCCUCCCUGCGCCCCGUGACCUGGGUUGGCCUCACUACCACCGAGACGACCUACCCUCACCUCCGCCUCCACAACAUCCCCUCCUCCCUCUCCUCCGCGGAGCUGGAAGACGAUCUCUCGUUCUUUUUCUCCACCGUGGCCAGUGUCACUGCUAAUCUUGCCCUCGUCCUAAUCAACUCAGAGAACUCCUUUAAUCUCGCGGGGAAAUUACAGUCGUUGUCUGAGGACCAGAUCCCGCCUUUCCCCAUGGUGAUGGUUACCAAGGAGACAGGGGCGGAGCUGAUGAGGUUGUUGGCUCAGCAUUCCAGAGAUGUGGAGGCCAUGAUCCAGCUGCCUCCUGGCUACAAGAGCACCAUUAGCAUACCUUCUUCCCCUCCAGGCUCUCCAGCUUACCACAGUCUCUCAACUACAGUUGUCAAAAACGGUCUGAAAAUGAGACUGACAACUGCACCGUCGGAAGAGAUGGCAUUCGACUACAUCUCGGCUCCAUUCUCUCUCUCUCUCCGCUCCGUGGACUGGGUCAGACUCUGCUCCUGCGAGGCCACCUCCCCACACGUCCGUCUCCACCAACUACGCGAAGAAGACAGCCUCUCGUUUUUCAUGUCGAUGCUCGCCAGCAUCCCCGCUACACUGGCCGUGGUGCUAGUCAACUACCGGGACGGAUACGAUCUGAGCGAGAGGUUGAGUGGUAGCUCAGAGCAGGGGUGUCCCGUCCCAAUGGUGGUCGUGACGAGAGAGACGGGGAGGGAGAUGGAGAGACUGCUACGAGAGAACGAAAGAGCCGUGGAGUUGAAGAUGGACAUAUCAACGGGGUCAAAGUCCAAUCCUAGUCCUGCCAACUCACAUAAUCUUUCAGCAGUGUACCCAGCUGGUUCCCACAAGAAGAAUGCUAGCAUCAGCCACACUGUCAUCAAAGAAGGUCUAGAAAUCCAGAAUGGGAACAAGACCCUCUGGUUUGACUACGGCUGGUGCUCAUUCAACCAGACCUCCGUACGCCCAUUCCAGUGCCAGCACCUAACUCUUCACGAGGCCACGUACCCUCACUACCGCCUCCAUCGUCUCACUCACAAAGACAGUCUGAGGUUCUUCAUGUCCAUAAUGGGGAGCAUCCCAGCAACGCUCGCCGUGGUCCUCGUCAAUUUCGACGACACCUUCCGCCUCUCUGAGAAGUUUGUUUCCGGCGAGGGGGAGUCCCCGCCCGUCCCUGUUAUUCUGGAGGUGGGGGACAUUGACUGGGUCUGCCUCACCUCUGGCGAGGCCACCUACCAUCACAUCAGGAUUCACGACCUCAAGAUGGAGGACUCCCUCUCCUACUUCAUGUCCACCAUGGCCAGCACCCCAGCCGCUCUCGCAGUCAUCUUUGUCAACUCCGAAGAACACUUCAGACUGGCAGACAAGUUCAAGUCAGAGGAUCAAAGGCCUCCGGUACCAGUUCUGGUGGUUACCAGGGAGACGGGGAGGCAGCUGCUGAGGCUUGUGGAGCAGAACCCGAGAGAGGUGUACAUGAAGGUCGACAGACUCUCUCUGCAGGAUGUGGUGGAGAGGGGAGGUCUUCAGGUGCGAGUGUCCAACAAAAACUCGCCACAGAAACCAAGAAAAACCAGUUUCGACUUUGUCUGGGCCCCGUUUCACCAGAUUCCUCGGGCCGUCGCCUGGCAACGACUGGCCCUGCACGGGACCACCUUCUCUCACCUCCGACUCCAUAAUCUGAGUGACUCGGAUGACCUCGGGGAUUUUCUGACCCUUAUGAGCAGCAUCCCCUCCACCCUGGCCCUCGUCCUUGUCAAUACUGCCAGUCACUACAGACUAUCGGACAGACUGGCGUCCAGUGUCCAGACACCGCCAGUUCCAGUGGUGGUGGUGACGAGAGAGACGGGUAGGGAGCUGGCUAGGCUGCUGGAGGAACACCCGCGGGAACUAGAGGCCCGCCUGGAGACUGCUCUGAGGGGAGCGCUCUCUCCUGAUGUCUCCUCACACGCCUCUCCCACUCGCAGUUUGCUGUUCUCAACACCUUCUUCAGCAUCAGGCGUUGUGAGCCGAGGUCUUGAAGUGAAGCUGACAAGAACGGAAGAGAAACGGUUCUUCAGCUUUGCGUGGGCUCCGUUCUGUGACUCGCCACUCUCCCUCGACUGGCUCGGUCUGGCCGACCAUCAGGUCAACUACGAUCACAUACAGCUACACAAACUCCAGCCAGACAAAAGUCUAUCGUUUGUUUUAUCCACAUUCGGAAGUCUCACCUCCACCCGCGCGCUCCUACUUGUCAACACCUACGAUAGUUACGAGCUGGACGAGCAAUUUCGGCCCAAAUCGGAGGGGCCGUGUCUCCCGGUGAUGGUGGUUACCAAGGAAACGGGGGCGGAGCUGCUGGGGUUUUUGAAGCAGCAUGGGAGGGAUGUUGAGGUCAAAGUUCACGAAGCCGGGUCGCUGGAGGAGGGAGAGGGGGAGCCAGAUGAUUGGGAGGUUAUUCCUAGCCUUCCUCCUCAAGCUGAGGAUGUCCCAAGUUUCCCCAGUGUUAUGGAGUCUAUGGCAACCCAUAACGUCAUCACAGAUGGUCUACUAGUCAAAUCUAAGAAAAAGAAAAACAGUAAAACCACGAAAUUUAACUACAUAUGGGCUCCGUUUUGCUCGACCAGACGUGAGAUAGACUGGACCUCCCUCUCCCUCUCCUCCUCCCUCCCCAAGGCCUCAGUCUUCUCGUCUCUACCCAAGACCUCUGGCCCUUCCUGCGUCUGCCUCCAUGACCUCGGCAGAGAUAAAAACAUACCUCGCUACAAAACUCUUGUCCAAUCACCUCCCAUAGAGGCCCUGAUUCUCAUGAACACGUGCAACGGGUACAAGCUACCUCAGGAGUUCACCGUGCAAGACAUACAGAAACCUGUGCUGGUGGUUACCAAGAGCACGGGGGAGGCGCUGAGCAGCCUGGUGAGAGAGGGGCUCGAGGCCAGGGUGGAGUUUGGAGGGACGGAUGAGGAGGGAGGAGGGGGGUGGGUGGUGGAGGGAGGGGUUGGGAAUACUCUGCCUCUCCAGGUCCCGCAGAAACCGGAGUGGGAGGACUGCACUCCACGAUCCAGUGAGAUGGCAGAGAUAACUGGUGGUAUAGCUGCCGGAGGUAGUGAGGCACUGGCUAGUGCGGUUGCAGAGGAGGAAGAGAGAGUGGCAGUUUCUGAGGUGAGAGAGAGAACCGGCAGCCAGCAACCUGAAAUGAGUGAAGAAGGAGGCGGAGAAGAAGAGGAGAAGGAGGAGAGAGAAGAGAAGGAACAGCACCAGAUCGAGGCUCAUACAGCUUCUGCCACUAGCUCACAACAACAACAACAGUCUGACGCCCAGCCCCAGCCAGUGUUUGACCAUGAACUGGAGCAGAGUUUAGCAGAGUUCACAAUACUGGACCAGACAGAGACUCAGCCACCACCAGCUGACCCACCAGCUACCAGUACACCUAGUCAACCCAGCCUUCAGCAGCCCAGUGUGCAUGGCCAGCAGAGCCUUCAACCAAGUCUUACUGGUCCACCCAGCUUUCAGGCCAGCACUCCUAGCCAGCAGGGCCUUCAACCAAGUCUUACUGGUCCACCCAGCUUUCAGGCCAGCACUCCUAGCCAGCAGAGCCUUCAACCAAGUGCCCCUCUCACUCCCAUGGACACUCUGCAAGAUGUGCCCAGUCUGACCCCGACUGGGGCUAGCAGCUCCCUGGGUCCUGGGGAAGACAGCUCUCUCUGUGGGACACCCACUAUGCUACCUCCACAGGAGAUUGUUCCCUACACUGCCGGCCCAUACACUGGUCCAGGGAGUGAGUUAGGUGAGAAUUUCCUGAGUGAGGUGUCCAUCUCGGGAACGGCCAUGAUCCCUGGAGACGACAUCUCUGCUCUCAGGACUACCAGCAGCAGGAACAUUGACUGGAAGAAACCCAUCAAUAAUGGACUCCAGAUAAGACCAGUGAAGUUCCAGGGACAAGACACAGUCUCUCACUUCACCUACCAGUGGUCUCGGACAACAGACACCCCGCAGCGAAUGGACUGGCUGCUUCUCACCGAGCAGGAAGACUACCCCGACCAACACAUCCGCCUACACAAACUCGAGAAGGACUCUGACCUCCAGGUGCUCAUGGCGAUGCUAGACGCCAGCCCCGCAGCCGCUCUACUGCUCAUCAACAAGAAGAAUUCGUACGACAUUGACAGAAGUUACUUCCCUCCCGGAGAACAGGAGAGCACGCAGGAUCUGGUGAACGGUCUGUUCUCUGAUGAGAGCUCCGUGAGGUUAGCCUCUGUCAGAAAGAUCAAGAAUGCUAUAAUUGGAAACAAGAUGAAAAAAUCUUCGUUCAUGCUCCUUGGGGUCAUUCCUAGGUUGGUGAGUCUGCUCUCUCAGGCCGACUGUGAAGAUGAGCUGGUACGUGAGGCUAUCAUCAGUCUGGGGAGCUUCGCACAUGGAACGUCUCAGAACGUGCAGGCGGUGCUGAGUUCAAGGGCACUUCCGCUGCUCAUCAAAGGCCUGUCUCACACAGACAGUGCAGUAGUCAGUAGUUCAGUUCGAACUCUGAGGAUAAUCUACGAGUCUGGCCUGGCCCCCAGUGACCCAAUAUUCAGUGACCGCUCCACCGUGAGACUACUGGUCCACAUGGUGUCAGGGACUCCACUAUUGGCUCAGUCUGCAACCUCUGUUCUUACCAAGGCAUGCCAGUGUCCGGAUCACCAGAACCAGUUGUGUGCUCUUGGAAUCAUGGAACCCCUCGCCUUCUCCCUCCAGUCCUCAGUCGCCAAGUUGGUGCACGUGUCUCUGAUGUGUCUUGCCACACUGGCCCUGGACAACACUGUGUGUGCCAGUAUCAUCAUGACAGCCUCCUGUGGAGAUUCCACUCUACUGUCUACCAUCUCCAGGGCAAUGUCUGGAAGUCACACCAGUGAUAUCAAACUUGCUGCUGCUCUCUGUGUGUCGCGGCUGUGUCAGUGCGGAGUUCUGAGUCACAGUAACUCCAUCGUCACACUCAGAGCGCUCCCGACUCUAGUUCGUCUCUGCAAGGCUCGUGGGGAUGUCCCUGUUAAUACACAGGCUGCUCACACCCUUGCGAUCUUAACCAGUGACUCAGUCGAUCUUCAAGAACUGGCUGCAAGCUCUGACCAUCUCAUUACAACACUUGUCGGUUACCUUGGUAACCGUCCCGACGAGAAUGACGAACUGGUGGAAGAGAAACAUCAGUUGGCUUUCGACAGACUAAGAGAGGCCUGUCUCCUAGCACUGGCCAGCAUAUCCUCAUCAAGAGAAGAAAUCAGAUUAAAGAUAGUGUCAGAGCGUCACCUGAUGAAACAUGUCGGGGAGUGUCUGAGUGGGGAGAACGUGGAUGUCAAGAUCGCCGCCUGCAAGUGCCUCCACAGUCUCUCUCGCUCUACCAAACUCCUGAGAACAACCAUCAUAGAUACAGAGGCUUGGAGACCCGUACUUGAGAUGCUGUCUCUGAAAGACGAGGAAUGUCUGAAUGUUGCAACUGGAGUGUCUGCCAACCUUCUUCUGGCCUUCUCCCCAUCUAGAAAAAAGAUGGUGGCUGGAGGAUGCCUGCAGACUCUCUGUCAACUUGUGUCACAUGACAAUCCCGGAAUCAAGCUAAACGCCAUCUGGGCACUAAUGAGCUGUGCCUAUGACUCCACUGAUGACAUCAGGGCCCAGAUCAAAGAACACCUCACUAUACAUAAGAUGUUUGAACUCCUCUCUCCGUCGUGUAGCGAGAGGCAGUUGCUCAAGUCUCUGGGACUGGUGGUCAACCUUCUCAGUGAAUCCGAGGAAGUGGAGUGGCUUCUCCAGGAACAUGGAAGUGAAGUAUGGGCCAGUCUACUGUCUCUCCUCAGUUGCCAUUCCAACAACUCCAUCACUGAACAGGUUAUGUGUGUUCUGAUGAACAUAGCCAGUGCCACAGAGAGGACAAAAGACAAUAUGGUGGAGCACGAUGAGAUACUCAGCGGAAUUGCUGCCGUUUUGAGGAACAGUGAGAGGAUUGAAGUGCUCACAGCAACAUGUACAGUUGUUAAACACUUGGUGGACUCCUCUAUAUCAGGUCACAUCCAUCGUCAAAACAGACUGGAGGAGCACGGGGUAAAGAUUGCAGUGCAGAAGCUCGAAAGAACGGAGCACUCGGUGUUAAAAAAUGUAAUAACAAAUAUUCUAGAACAUUUCUCUUCCGUGACUCUAUGAUUUCUCCAUGUCUCCUCGUACGUAGCUUCCAAUGUGUGCAGUAUGUGUAUGCAAGAUGCAUUUAUAAUGUGUAUGUUUUGUGUAUGGGCUGUGGAGUGCAUCACUGAUGCUUUGUACGUAGUCC